CUCAAGCCGGGAGAGGUGCUCAGCAUCCUCCUCUACCUGGCUCCCAACUCCUCCUCGCCCUCCAGCCCCAGCGUGGACCAUUUCACACUCAGGGUGAAGGCCAAGAAGGGAGUGACCCUUCUGGGCACCAAGUCACGGAGUGGUCAGUGGCAUGUGACCUCAGAGUUGCUGACUGGAGCAAAGCACUCGACAGCCACUGUGGACGUGGCCUGGGCUCAGGGCACACCUCUGCCUCCCUGGGAGGGCCAGGGCCCCUUGGAGAUCCUGCAGCUGGACUUCGAGAUGGAGAACUUCACCAGCCAGUCAGUCAAGCGCAGGAUCAUGUGGCACAUCGACUACCGUGGCCAUGGUGCCCUGCCUGACCUGGAGCGGGCAGUCACCGAGCUGACGGUCAUCCAGCGGGACGUGCAGGCCAUCCUGCCCCUGGCCAUGGACACAGAGAUCAUCAACACGGCCAUCUUGACUGGCCGGACAGUGGCCAUCCCUGUCAAGGUCAUCGCCAUUGAGGUGACUGGCUUGGUCCUAGAUGUCUCUGCCCUAGUGGAAUGCGAGUCUGACAAUGAGGACAUCAUCAAGGUAUCCAGCAGCUGCGACUACGUGUUCGUGAGUGGAAAGGAGUCUCGAGGGUCCAUGAAUGCCAGGGUCACCUUCCGCUACGAUGUCCUCAAUGCCCCCCUGGAAAUGACGGUCUGGGUACCCAAGCUGCCCCUGCACAUUGAGCUCUCAGAUGCCCGCCUCAGCCAAGUGAAGGGCUGGAGGGUUCCCAUCCUCCCAGACCGGAGGUCAGCCCGGGAGAGCGAGGACGAGGACGAGGAAGAAGAGGAGCGGCGGCAGAGCACAAGCCGCGGCUGCACCCUGCAGUACCAGCACGCCACCCUGCAGGUCUUCACCCAGUUCCACACGACCUCGUCUGAGGGCACUGACCAGGUGGUCACCAUGCUGGGCCCAGACUGGCUGGUGGAGGUCACCGACCUAGUCAGUGACUUCAUGCGGGUGGGGGACCCCCGAGUGGCACACAUGGUGGACAGCAGCACGCUGGCAGGCCUGGAGCCGGGCACCACCCCCUUUAAGGUGGUGUCCCCGCUGACAGAGGCCGUACUCGGGGAGACACUGCUGACGGUGACGGAGGAAAAGGUCAGCAUCACACAGCUGCAGGCCCAGGUGGUGGCCAGCCUGGCCCUCUCCCUGCGGCCCAGCCCUGGGAGCAGCCAUACCAUCUUGGCCACCACAGCUGCCCAGCAGACCCUCAGCUUCCUCAAGCAGGAAGCCCUCCUGAGCCUCUGGCUCUCCUACAGCGAUGGCACCACGGCCCCACUCUCCCUCUACAGCCCUCGGGACUACGGGUUGCUGGUGAGCAGCCUGGAUGAGCGCGUGGCCACGGUGACCCAGGACCGGGCCUUCCCACUAGUGGUGGCGGAGGCCGAGGGCGAGCUGGCCUAUGACUCGGUGCCUGCCGGCGAAGAGGACGAGGAGGACGAAGAGGACCUGGGGUGGGGCUGCCCGGACGUGGCGGGCACCGCGCGGCCCACGCCGCCCCCGGACCUGCACAAUUACAUGCGCAGAAUCAAAGAGAUCGCUUAG